AUGGCUCAGCGCGUCCUAACACAGAAGUGGUUAGCGACGCAAGCGGGACGUUAUCAAGAAAACCAAACCGUCUAUACCCAUGUGGAUGCAGCGCUUGAAGCGUUUCCUAUGUUGCGUCCCAAGACAGAUGUUUACACUUAUGAUGAUGGCCGCGUGAAGACACUCCUAUGCGUUCAUGGGCUUCUACCCAUUCAGUACCGCGGCGCGAUAUAUAACAUCCCGAUCGCAUGCUGGAUUCCUCCGGAGUAUCCGAAGCAACCCCCCAUGACUUAUGUUGUCCCUACCAGCGACAUGCUUGUUCGAUCAGGAAAGAAUGUGAACGUCAGUGGACUAUGUACGUUUCAGUAUCUAACGGGGUGGGAGACCGACUGGCGGAGCGCCUCUUUGCUGGCUUUAUUCCGUGUCAUGACGGACCUCUUCUCCCAAGAACCCCCGGUUUACUCCAAACCGCGCAACCCUGCCCCUUCUGCUGAAGUCUCUUCCUCCGGAAAGCCCUCUCGUCCGCCUGCACCUCCUAAAUCGCCUAUCGAGCGUCCCACUGUGUCUGAACCUCGUCCCCAUGGGGCUCCUCACGGGGACGUUUCUCCUCCACGGUUACCGCGACCUCCUCCAAAACCUUCCGGUAUUAGCGGCACCACUUUUGACUCAACAACCUCAUCAACGAUUCCGACUUUAGCGAACAAGACCCCUCCUCUUCCUCCCUCGUCUAUCCACCCAUCGGGGAGCCAUUCGCCGCCGAUUACCCGACCCUAUCACGAUACUAAUUUGGGGUCUUCUUCCGCUACUUCACCCCCACCACCGCUUCUCCAGCAUCCUUCUAUGACCUAUCCACAUCCACAGCAAUAUCCUCCCGUCCAACCCAUUCGGGGCCGGGAUCUCCUAGACCAGGACUUGGACAUCACGUCGUCAAGUAAUACAGGGAGCUCAUCGCUUCCUCCGAGCAUCUCGCCCACUGCGCCACCGCGCCCCCUCAAUCCUGAAAUCCUCAGUCUGCAUAGUAAGCUUCACGAUAAACUUUCCGCAGAACUCAUUCGAGUCACUCGAGCGCUCUCUGAAGACGGCGAGAGGCUGCGUGCAACGCAAGCACACCUGCUCGCUGGGGAACCUGCCAUUCGAGACGAGAUGGCAAGACUUGAGGCCGUUAGGGAUGUCUGCCGAACCGUCGCACAGAGAACAAAGGUGUUUGUAGAUGAUGCCGAAUCAAGAUUGGCCGAGGCCAAGCGGAGAGGUGAGCCUGAGGUCGAUGAAUUAGUUUGCGCCACGAGCAUCGUCGGAAAUCAGCUGAUCGACUUGGUAGCCGAGGACAAUGCGAUUGAAGACACAUUAUACCAUUUGCAUCGCGCAUUGAACGCAGGGCGCAUCGACCUUGACAGAUACAUCAAAGUUACCCGGGAGCUGGCUGGCGAACAAUUCAUGAAGCGAGCCCUCAUCGAGAAAAUUCAUGCUUUGGUGCCGUUGGGAACCCAAAGGGGGUGGUCUUGAUGAGAGGAAUAUCCUCAGUACUUGAGCGCUACUCAGCGCACCAUGCAAUGAGGAUUGUGCUUUGUCAUUGUGUCAAUUCCAUUGACGGGAACUUGAAUACUUUACAUUUAUUUGCUC